CGAGUGUGCCGCAGAAAACGCUGACGCAGCAGCUUCGCGCAAUGGCGGAGGUCGACUUCUAGAACUCCACGUUGUUUCAGAAGAAAGGAGCAAAGCAACGUUGCUCAUUGAAAAGCUUUUCGGCCUUUGCAAGGGCAGCAUUUUGUUGGGAGGGGAAGGGGCAGUGCUUGCGCAGAGAAGUUGUUUUUCGCCCCAUACGGAGUCUGCUCGGUUUUUUGUUGAAGUGCGGCGGUGGUGGAUAGGUCACUGGUAGUUGAAGAGAACUUGUUUGGUUUUCUGGAUUGAAUCUUAUCAGCGGAUUUCUUGCCAGCUUUUGGAGACAUGGCAAUGAGCAGUCAAGCAAUCCUGCGGUCGUCUGCUCAGACAUUCUCCGGCGCUCUGUCAAGGAACCAGUCGUGUUCCUGCAGCGAUCAAACAGGGGCAGCAUUCCUGCGGACUCCUCCAGGCGCGGGGGUGCACAAAAGGGGUCUAAGGCCCUCCUCCAGAUUGGAAAAAAUUCGAAGGGUAGAGGUUUUUGGGUUUGAUGGGGUGGCUCGCACUGCAAGAAUAGAAAAGAGGCAGGGGGGUCAAAUACGUGCAGCUGUGGCAACAGAGGAAGCUCCACCUUCCACAGAUUCUCAAGAUGGUGAUGUCGUGGAGAAUCUGGUGAUCAUAGGAUCUGGUCCGGCUGGUUACACAGCCGCCAUUUAUGCCGGGCGUGCUAAUCUCAAGCCGGUUAUGUUCGAAGGAUAUCAGGUGGGAGGGUCGCCGGGGGGGCAGCUUAUGACAACCACUGAGGUGGAAAAUUUUCCGGGUUUUCCGGAGGGCAUUACUGGUCCAGAUCUGAUGGACAGGAUGAGGAAACAAUCCGAGCGGUGGGGGGCGGAGCUUUACACAGAGGAUGUGGAGCAUGUAGACAUCACACAGCGACCAUUCACAAUACGGAGUAGCGAGCGGGAGGUCAAAGCAAACUCCAUCAUCAUUGCAACGGGCGCCACCGCCAAACGGCUCGGUCUCCCUAGAGAACACGAGUUCUGGUCGCGGGGCAUCAGCGCUUGUGCGAUUUGCGACGGGGCCAGCCCCAUAUUCAAGGGGCAGGAUUUGGCUGUAGUUGGUGGGGGGGAUACUGCGGCAGAGGAAACAAUCUACCUGACAAAGUAUGCUCGGCACGUGCAUCUGCUCGUGAGGAAGUCACAGAUGAAGGCGAGCAAGGCUAUGCAAGACAAGGUCUUCGGCAACCCAAAUAUCACAGUGCAUCUCAACACGGAGGCUGUGGAUGUCAUUUCCAAUAGCAAGGGGCAGAUGGAGGGGCUCUUAUUAAACAAAGACGGAAAGGAGGAGAAGCUACAGGUACGAGGCCUCUUCUACGGCAUCGGCCACUCGCCAAACAGCUCGCUGUUUCACGGGCAACUAGAGCUGGACGACGCGGGCUACGUGGUGGUCUCGGAAGGCGGCCAGACGAGCGUUGAGGGCGUGUAUGCGGCGGGCGAUCUGCAGGACCACGAGUACCGGCAAGCGAUCACGGCGGCGGGGUCUGGGUGCAUGGCGGCGCUGAUGGCGGAGCGGUACCUGACGGCGAAUAACCUGGUUCGAGAGUUCCAUCAGAAGGCAGCCGCCGAAGACGUGCAGCCCAAGAAGGAGUUCACGGAGAAGGACAUUGAAGAGAAGUUCGACCUUUCGUCCGCGAAGCACCGAGGCCAGUACGCGCUCCGGAAGCUGUACCACGAGAGCGACCGGCUGAUCGGCGUCCUCUACACGUCGCCGACCUGCGGGCCGUGCCGAUCGCUUAAGCCCAUCCUAAAUAAGGUUGUUGACGAGUUCACCAACCAGAUUCACUUCGUUGAGAUUGACAUUGAAGAGGACCCCGAGAUCGCGGAAGCUGCGGGCGUGAUGGGAACCCCGGUGGUGCACUUCUUUAAGAACAAGGCCAAACUUGGGGAGUACCAAGGGGUCCGGAUGAAGCGGGAUUACAGGUCCUUCAUUGAAGAAAACGUCAAAUAACACCCGCUGAGUAGGUAGCUGCGGGUUGGAAAGCUAGCGAUGUUGAGGUAGGGACACGAUUAGCGUCGGCCACUCCAGUGCUAUGACAGACUGUACACAUAAAUUACAUUUGAACGCGGGCGCCCUGUCGCCCAUAUGUGCACUUCGAUAUGUACAAACCUGAUGUACAGCCGCGUGUUGUGCAACCAGAGAUUUCUUCUACUU